AUGCGCCGAGGACGCCAGUGCAGGACUCCACUGGCGCUAUCCUGCUGGAUGAGAAACCGUCGUACCGUGGGGAAAGUGGAGGUCGAGCGUGUUGCGCGUUGGUCGCUGGACCAGAUCAGGUAUAACACGACUAUGGAGAUCGAGUACAGGAGGGCCCCGGGCCCAGGCCCUGGCGACGGGCGUACUACUGCCGUGCGGCUGCGCUCCAGGACUCUGGCGGGCGGCGUGCCGGCCUACUACCCUCUGGAUUUGUUUCUGGAUGGUAGAGAGGUCCACGUCCCUAGUCAGCGAAUCCGCGAGGCGUUGAGUCUCUUCUGGCAGCUGUCGGAGAGGGCUUCUCUGCUCCAGCUUAGGAGUUGGAGGCUGCUUCCGGCUGAGGAGCUCCCUGAGGCGUGGCGGUGUGGGCGCAGGGGGGAGAUAUAG